UUGAAUAAAAAAAAACAUUUUGAAUUUGGAAUUUCCCAACCUUUAAAUGGUGUGUUCGCAGGGUAAUCUCAGAGGCUGCAAUUCUUUCCUCCAAGUUAGACUGCUCAAAUCAUCUCAGUUUCUCAGAGAUAUGCCAUUUUGAUGAUAUGUUAAAAUUUCGAAGCAUCGGAGUUGCGUUACACGCUAGUUUUGCUUAAAUUUAGCAACCUUGUUUUCCCCAGUAGUGUAUAUUGUUUUCUUGAUGUAGAUUUUUUCUCUAUUUUUGAGCUGAAAUUUUGAGGUAAUUAUGCCUAAGCUACCGAAGAAGCUGAGAAAUCUGUUUAAAAAGAAGAAAAAAGGAGUAGAUGCUGCAGACUACGAGCAAAUGGUUGAGAGACAUCAAGUUGAAGAAGUCUUGAAGGAUCCCACCAAGCUAGCUUUCAGGGUUCAACUAGCCCAUGGUUCGCCUACAACGAAUGUUUCAAAUUUCGCAAAUAUUGCUCAACUGUAUGACAGACUCGGUACGGUUCUUAAUGUGAGCGAAUCGAGUAUUCUUUUCUGUACAAUAAAUAAUUAUGCUGUUGACAUGGAAUGUCUAAUCGGCGGAACCAUCAAUAUGGAUGAUUUUAUCUAUGUGCACAUUGCUGGAAAGACGAAAGAGGUGACUGUGAAUAAGUCUGAAGCUGCAAUUGGCAUAACUAUUACGGAUAACGGCAAUGGAAAAGCACUGGUGAAGCGUGUGAAACCUGAAAGUGUCGCCUCAAAACACAAAGAAAUCAUGCCCGGUGAUCAUAUUCAUUCAAUAAACGGGGAGUCAAUGGUUGGUUCCAGACACUACGAGGUGGCAAAAGUUCUCAAAAGUCUGCCAGUGGGAGUUAACUUCAAGGUGGUGCUGAUUGAACCCAGAAAAGAAUUUGACCAGAUCGCACCGAGGUCUCAAUUGGGAAAGACAACGGCUGCUUCGAACCUCGCCAGGACUCUAUCAGGUCGCGUGUCUCUUCGAUUGAGACGAGAUGGCAAUGCAGCUGUAACUGACAUGCCGAGUGAUUUUGACCUGCGGGCUACGAAAGAGGUCGAUGACCUGCUAGAGAACUACUUAGGCAUCAGAGACAGCGAAAUGGCCACCAGUAUUGUAGAGGUGUACAAAGAGAAAAGUAGUCACAUGGCUGACUUCGCAGAAAGCCUGAAGACAAAGUUCUUGGUCGAUCUUAUCAGCGAAAACGAGAAACUGCUCUACUCUCUCUGGUCCAAACUCGGAGAGAUCAAGAGAUCGAAUCCCACACUUGCAGACCUUUCGCAGAAACAAAAUUUUGAAGACGAGAGUGACUGAAAUGAAUCGUUUCUUUGCUCUUUUAAUCUAUUUCCAAUUUUAAUCUAAAAAGUUUUAUUUGCUUAGAUUUUACGACUUAAAUUGUUUGGUAUCAAUUUGUAACGAUUACUUUAAUUAAUUCGGGUUGUGCACAAUGUUUUCGGCGCACAAUGUUUUCGGGUUGUGCACAAUGUUUUCUUCAAAUUUUAUUGUAAAUUACUAUGUGAGAUUCCAGAUAUCAGGGUAAUAUCGACCACUUACAUUGAAUUUAAAUUCAAUUUGUUGCUCUGAGAUUAGGAAAAAAUACAAUUGGAUAAUGAGUUCGUUUGUUUAAAUAUAUUUUUAUAUUUUUAUUAAUGAGAGCAAAAGGAUGAUCAACUUUUUCUGAUUUAUUUAAUGGAUGAUCCGGCGAUGUCCCUUUGACUUUUUUCCCUUAUGGCAUAAAUAAGGAGUUUUCAUUUGAAUAUGAUGAUUUUAUGAAAACUUAUCAGAAUUGAAUUAUCGUGAAAAAGAACAAAGUCUAAAAAAGUUUUCAAAUAAAUAUUGGUUGGCAAUUUGUUGUGAGUCUAGUCUGAUCAGAAUAUUGAUCAGAAUAAACCUUCAACCACAAGUUUAUGGUUAUAGUAAGAAUAAAGAACAGUGUUUGUGAUGAAGUUGUUAUCACAACUGAAUGGUCAAUUUGUUCGCAGAAAGUAACUCCAUUUUACACCUACAUUAUCAUGGCUUUAGUUGCAUGGAUUUUAUGCUAAUUGAAAAUGUUUCAUUUUAUGCCAUCUGGUAAACGAUUUAUCAUAUUUGACCUGUUAAAAUCUGUGUUUGUUAAUAAUUGAGCUUAUUUUACUAGAGUGGACUGAAUCCUUUCGAUAGAGCCAUAUAGUGCGCUUCAAACUGAGUACAUUUUUUGGUCUUUUGACCUGAACCCUUUUCCCAGGCAUACAAUUAACUUUUUGAAUGUAAUCUUGCAAGAUAUUUUGCCAAGAGCAACAAUGGUAAAAAUGAUUUCCUUCA